AUGUAUAGGCUGUUCAUGUUCUCUGAUGUCCCUGUAGGUCUGAUAGUGCUGACGGGUGCGCUGUGGGGCUGCACCAACCCGUUCAUCCGGCAGGGCACGCGCGGUCUGCGCGACGUGCGCGCCAAGACGCGGCUCGGGCAGGCCUACGCUGAGGUCGCGUUCCUUCUUGGCAAUUGGAGAGCCGGGUCGAUAGCGUACCUCUUCGCGGUGCGUUGCGCGCCGCUGUCCCUGUGUGUGCCGGCAGCGAAUGCGCUGGCGUUCGCCUUCACCGCGCUCACGGGAGCCGCCUUCGGCAAGGAGGAGCCGCUUGAUAGAGGUUCGAUGCUGGGGAUAGCACUUAUAGUAGCGGGCACGGCGCUGUGCUGUUGGGACAAAACCGAAUGA